AUGACCGUCGUGCGGCGACUGCAGGCGCGCGCGCAGCGCUGGCACCUGCUGGGGCGCUACUACGUGAACAAGUGGCACUACGACGGCUCCAAGUGGGCGGAGCGCGUGUGGUACGGCCAGGGAAGCACGGGCAACGGGCCGCAGGUGGCGUCCGUGGCCUUCAUGAUCACGCGCAGCAUGCGCCAGCAGCUCGUGGACGCCGGAUUCCCUCCCUCAGCCAUCUCGACGCUGCAGCCGGCGGUGGCGCAGAAGAUCAUCGCGGACAAGCUCACGUUCGCGCAGUUUGAGGAGCAGCAGAAACAGCAGCAGGUCCAGGGGGCAGCGGAGAGAGCCAAGCAGGCGCUCAAGCAGCAGGAGGAGGAAGAGCAGCAGCAGCAGCAAAGCAUUGCUCUGGUGCAGGUGCAGGUGCAGGUGCCGUCGGCGGCGCUGGUUGUACAGCAGGAAGACGUCGCAGCGAAUGAUGAGGACCUGAAAAAGACGCAGAGCUGAUAAUUGAAAUGGAGCAGUAGCAACGUCGUCCACAGCACUGGUUCGUGAACAGAUUGAAGUGGGGAGU